AUGGCAACCGGCAACCUUUCCUUGUUAACUCCACAAGUUUUCACUGGUGAAAACUAUCAAAUUUGGUCAGUGAAGAUGCAAUCUUACUUAGAGGCAUUUGAUCUAUGGGAGGUUGUAGUUGAAGAUAGGCCAGUGGCUCCACUACCACCAAACCCUACCUUGGCACAAAUCAAGGCCCACUCUGAAGAAAAGACCAAAAAGUUCAAAGCCAAGACACUUAUUCAAAAUUCUGUGGGAGAUUCAGUCUUCCCUAGGAUCAUGGCAUGCCAAACUGCUAAAAAAGCAUGGGACAGGCCAAAAGUUGAGUACCAAGGAAGUGAUAGAACUAGACAGAUGCAAAUCUUGAACCUGAAAAGGGACUUUGAGUCUCUAAGCAUGCAAGAAGAUGAAUCCAUCGCCAAAUAUUCUGAUAGAAUUUCAUUGAUUGUUAACAAAAUCAGGUUGCUUGGUGAAGAUUUUCCUGAUAACAGGAUUGUUGAAAAGGUUCUUUUGACACUUAUAGAAAGGUAUGAGUCUAAAAUCUCCUCUCUUGAAGAGUCCAAGGAUCUCUCCACCAUUUCUCUUGCAGAAUUAAUGAAUGCUCUUCAGGCACAAGAGCAAAGGAGGGCCUUGAGACAAGACAAACAAACUGAAGGUGCCUUUCAUGUGCAAAACCAGCAGCCUAGCAAAGGAAAAAAAACUCUUCAAUAA